AUGAUGAAUCAACCCAAGGGCGCUGGCCGCGCUGGCGGCACUAUCCUUCAGGCCUUCCUAGUCCUCUUCGCCCUCACCAAUUUUCAAACACUUACUAUGAACCUGGUCGCUGCUUGCAACUACUGGCCUGAACAAUCGGAUUACUUCGACACGAUGUUCUCUGAAAAUCACUCUCUCGCUCAAUGGAUUUCCAUAGCAGACGUUGAUAUUCCCAUCUACUUUCUGCGAGACAUGUAUCGUGUCGAUUCGGAACGACCAUUCCUGGUCCUUGCUCUUGUCGCUGGUGUCACAUGGGUCAUUACCUCCAUCACCCUUCUUUCACUCUUCACCAAGAUUCGGUACUUCAAUCACCGCGUUGCCCGCUACGUUUUCCGGAUUAUAGGCGUGGCGACCUCCGCAUUCUUAGUCGUCUUCUACUCCGCCUAUGCCAAUAGCUACAACUUUAUCAUGCCCUUCGUGAUUGAUUGGCCCCUGGGCAAGACAGCAGUGGUUAUAGCACAUAUUAACCUGGCGCUCGGCAUCUUCAUCACUUUGCUGGCUGCAGCCCUGGACACACCAAAGGACUGGGAUACAUCUACUGGCCCCAACAGUCGCCUGACUAGCCAGACAUAA